AUGAAAGCUAUAUAUGCUUGAAAUGGAAAGAGCCCCAAGACAAAAUAAGUGUAAAAAGCGUAGAACAAUAUGAUAAUGUAAUUACAAUUAUGUGAAAAAUGUUAGGGGAUAAAUGUGUAUACAUAUGUAUGCACGGAAAUGCAGUAUAAAAUAUGAAGGACGCUCCUCAAACUGUUAACAAUAGUUACCAUGUCUUUCAACUGAGGAGCCGUAAAUCUGAAAUAGUGAGGCUACAUCUUGGGCAUUAAAAAAAAGUCUGCUAUUUCACAGGCAGACUGUGCUUAAGACUCACUCAGAGAACUUUUUAUAAUUAACAAAGAUAGCAGGUCUCUUCCACGCUCCCACACCAGCCAGCAAUCCGUUUUUCCAAUAACAACCAUUAAUUAUUUACUUAGAAGUUAAAAUAUAAUGUGUGGAGGAAGGGUGAAGCAGAGCACUUAAUAAAAUCCUUGCAGUUAGAAGGAAGAAAAUAGAAGUGCUUUCCAAACCUGCGUGUUGUUUGUAACAUACUGACACAUUUCCCCAUAAGAAACUCCCAGAGAAAUUGGAACCACAUGUGUAGAUGGCCAGGGCGUGCUGGGCACGUUGCUGUGAGCAUUUCAGCAGGGCUGCAGCAACACCCCCUUUCAAUGCUCUUGGGUCCUGGGGCUUGUCUCCACAAGAAGCCCCCAAAUAGCAAUGGAUCUCGGCAGCGGGUACAAGGCUGCAGCAAAGAACAAGGACGGUGGCACUCGGCUGACCACAGCGCCGGGAUUUCUCAGGAGCAGAAGCAUGGAAUUUUAGAUUUUUCACAAGCCAUUGAAAUGGAAGGCAAACCUAGUUCGGCCCAGGACAGCACCAGGGAUGGUGAACCACAGGGCAGGACCUACAACAGGCUCCUGAGGAAGUCAGGAAGCCGUCCUGACAGCAGGCGCCUUGCAAACCCACUGAUGGGCCAUGUCGUGUCUGAUCGGACUCCUGUGCAUGAAGCUGCGAUCCAUGGGAGUCUGUUUUCUUUGAAGAAGCUCCUCAGCCAGGGGUGGCCUGUGAACCUCGUCACAGCAGAUCAUGUGUCCCCACUCCAUGAAGCCUGCCUCGGAGGUCAUCCCUCUUGUGCCAACAUUUUAUUGAGGCAUGGAGCUCUGGUGAAUGGCAUCACCAUAGACUGGCACACUCCCUUGUUUAACGCUUGUGUCAGCGGCAGCCAGGACUGCGUGAACUUGCUCCUGAAACAUGGAGCCAGCCUUUGCCCUCCAAGUGAUCUGGCAUCUCCUCUCCACGAAGCUGCUAAGAGAGGCCACGUGGAGUGCAUCGAGUCCCUUGCAGUUUAUGGGGGCGACCUUGACCAUCACAUCCGCCACCUGGGCACUCCCCUAUAUCUGGCUUGUGAAAACCAGCAUAUAAACUGUGUCAAGAAACUUCUGGAGUCAGGAGCAAGUGUGAACCAAGGCCGAGGUCUGGACUCCCCUCUUCACGCAGUAGCCAGGAUAUCCUGUGUGCCCCUGGCUCGCCUGCUCAUAGAUUUUGGAGCAAACACCCAGGCCAAGAAUGCGGAAGGCAAACGUCCCUUAGAGCUGGUGUCUCCAGAGAGCCCUCUGUUCCAGCUCUUCUUGCAGAGAGAAGGGCCCCCUUCUUUGAUGCAGUUAUGCCGCCUUAGAAUCCGGAAGUCCUUUGGGAUCCAGCUGAAUCAUAAGGUCUCCAAACUCUUCCUCCCGGAGGAGGUGAAAGAGUUCCUCCUACACGUUUAAAUGUGUCCAAGGAAUGGAGUCAGAAACAACAGACAAACCUUAUGGAAUGUUCCGGCCACUGGGAUUUUCAAAUAAAGUCAGGUUAUAAAG